AUGGAUGCACAGACCACCGCGGAUGAAGAACCCGAAGUUGAAGCAACUUCACUUUCGCUUCCUUCGCGACAGCGACGAAGAUCUUCUGCCUCGAUCACGAAAACAUCCAACAAGAGACAGCAAAGGAGAGAAAAGAAGAAAAAGCACGUCGCUGUAGAAAAGAUCGCCGAAGCUGCCAGUGCGAUUCCGCAGCCGAUGCGACCUUUCCCACUGCUAGUCUGCAGUAUCGGCAACCCAGGCGCGCAGUACGCGAAUACUCUACAUAGCGCCGGACACACGGUCCUCAAUCGUCUUGCCGAACGACUGGGAUAUCCUGGAUUCAGGAAAGAGAAGAGUUGGGGGAAUGGAUUGCUGAGUACGAAUGGUUCCGCUGCUCCAGCGUGGACUUUGUGGCAGAGUACGAGUUAUAUGAAUGAAAGCGGAAAGGGCGUGGUAUCUGCCUAUCAAAGGUUUCUGCAACAACAAAGCCAAGACGGCGGGCGGAUGGUGGUUGUAUACGAUGAAUUGGAGAGCCCCUUGGGGAAGGUUACUUUGAGGGAUGGGAGUGGGAGUCCGCGGGGACACAAUGGAUUGAAGAGUAUCAAGGCGCAUAUUGGUGGCCGGCCGUUCUGGAGAAUUGGAGUGGGCAUUGGGAGACCGGUCAGCAGGGAGAGUGAUGAUGUAGCACGGUACGUGCUGAAAAAGAUGGACGCGAAUGACAAAAGGGCCAUUGAGGGUUCCGUAGACGAGAUUCUUGGAAAGUUGAAAGGGCUGGCCGAGGGUUGA